UGAAGGCAAAAACUUGGACGCGCCCCGGUGACUUCCGGUACCGUCGUUGUGACGCAAAGUUGUAGGUGAUGUGCAGCGCGUGAAUUUUCAGAGCAGAAAGAACAGAGAGCAGAAGCGCCGCCAGCUGCAGAGGAGACCAUGGCUCCCACCGUCCUCCUCCACCUGCCCGUCCUCCUCGCCCUCCUGAUGAGUCCAGCAGCUCCUCAAACCAUCAGCCCUGCUGUGGAGGACCUCAUCCGCAAGAACGCAGACUUUGGAGCCCAGCUGUACCGGGCUGUGGCCAGCCGCACGGAUGACAACAUCUUUCUGUCUCCUUUCGCGGUGUCCGCAGGAAUGUUAGCUCUCCUGGGUGGAACCAGCGGUCCAACGCAGAAUCAGUUGAUCCAGGGACUCGGCCUGACUGGACUGGAGCCCCAGACUCUGCCAGAUGUGUUUCAGAAUCUGAGGAACGCAGUUCUCCAGACGACUCCACCCUUGAACCUUCUGCAGGGCUUUGCGGUCUUCCCAGACCAGAGUUUCCAGGUGCCUGCGUCCUUCCAGGAUCUGCUUCAGAUGAAAUAUGGUGGAAAGGCUCAGAGUCUGCCUUACACAAACCCUGCUGAGGCCCUCGACAUCAUCAGCCGCUGGGUCCAAGAACAGUCCAAUGACCAGAUCAAGGAUGUUCUGACCAGCCUGGAGGACCAAACCAAGCUGCUGGUCGUCUCUGCUGCUUCCUACAAAAUCCGCUUCAAUCCUCCCUUUAACUCCUCGCUCACCCAGAGUGAGCGGUUCUACGUGGACAAGUACCAUGUGAUCAUGGUCCCCAUGAUGUUCCGGGCCGAUAAGUACUUCCUGGCAUAUGACCGCGGUGUGAAGGCUGGCGUGCUGAAGCUGCCGAUGGCAGACGGAGCCGCCAUGUUGGUGGUGCUUCCUGAUGAAGAUGUUGAUGUGACGGCUGUGGAGGAGGAGGUGACAGCGGCGAAGAUCAGAGCCUGGAUUGCUCAGCUGAGGAAGACGAAACUGGAGGUGCAGCUUCCUGUCUUCCUACUGGAGCAGACCUACUCUCUGAAAAAUAUGCUUCAGAGGCUGGAAAUCACUCAGGUGUUUCAGGAUGACGCUGACCUCAGCAACAUGGGUGGGGCUUCAGGAACAAAACUUACUGAGGUUUAUCACAUGGCCGCUGUCUCUAUGGAUGAGAGCAGUGGUGACGGCAGCUCAGAGGGCGGGGUCACCACGUUUUCAUCACCUCCACCACGUCUCACCUUUAACAGACCCUUCAUCUUCAUCAUCUACCAACAGUCCACAAACAGCCUCCUCUUCAUGGGCCGAGUUACGAAUCCCACAGAGAAAUGAACGAACCCCGCCCUCCUCAUCACCCCAUCCUUAGAAGCAGGUUACAGCGUUGCUUCCUGUUUGUUAAACAUGACGGAAACCAUCAACCUGAAGCAUCGUUGGGUCCUGAUGGAAGUGGAAAUGGAUCCAGAACCAUAAAUUCUGGCAUCAUUCCUCUGAUUAUAAUAUCACUUCAUAGCAUUGCACUACAUGAAAGCACUGAGGUCAUAUGUCGUCAUUUAGCUUCUAGUUAGCAUCAUAUUUAUUUUUGAUGUAUUAUCUUACAUGAUAUGAAUAAUAGCGAGUCACUGACUUACUGUCUUGUCAUUAUAUCCUGCAUGUUAGCUUGUAUCUUAGCAUCAUGUUCCUCAGGAGACCAGAAGGACUCAUCUGAUUCAGCUCAUUUUGUCCAUUUCUGCUCUGCAGGACGUCAUGUUUGUUUUGCCAGUGUCACUAAGGGACGUCUCUGUCGCCACCAUGAAUUCAUGCUGGUUUUAAUAAAACUUAAAUAACAUG